AGUCAGCUCGGGUUAGCUUUAGCUAGUAGUUAGCUAACGUUAGCUGGUACCGGUGAGGCCGUGUGGGUGUCCUUGUAUUCUUUUGUUUAAAUAUAAUCUGUAAUAUGCUAUUUUCCUUACUAAGCGCUGUAACAAAUGAGCAAACUAGUUGGUUUCGGGUAUUUCUCAGAAUAACUAUAAAAUGCUGGAGACAAGGUUUUGCUGCGUCUCCCUAAAAUGGUGCUGCUAGCUAAACUGGCCGUUCACGGUAAGAAAAUGGAGAGGUUCUCAUGAGUCCAACGCCAACGUCACGAGGACGUAGCUUCCUCUCUGGCCGUGUUGAGGUUGAGGUAGGUGCUUUACUAAAAUGGCGGCAGCGGCUUUAGUAGCAACUUCCUCAGGCAAAGAUGCUUUAGCCGAGGGGUUGCUCGACCUUCUGAGACCAGCUAUUCAGCAGCUCGACUUGCAUGUACACUCAGUCAGAGAAAGCCAAGUAGAAUUAAGAGAACAUAUAGACAAUCUGGCCACAGAAUUAUGCCGGAUAAAUGAACAUCAGAAGGUGGCUCUAGACCUGGACCCUUAUGUAAAGAAGCUGCUGAAUGCAAGGCGAAGAGUAGUGCUAGUAAACAACAUACUGCAGAAUGCUCAGGAACGUCUGAGGCGACUCAACCACAAUGUGGCCAAAGAGACAGCACGAAGAAAGACCAUGCUGGAGGCUUCAGGAGUGUUCACCUCCCGCUCCCCCAGUAAACCCUGAGCCACCUCCUCCUGCUCAGUCAACUGUCCUGACCAGGAGGGACACAUCAAUACUGGACCCCAAGUCUAGUUAGCUGUUUGUCUAAUGACAUGCUGAUGUCCUGCACUGCUUUAUCUGAUAUUGUCAUAAUUAAAAUCCUGGCUGCUAUCUGUUUACUGUUAGGCAGCUGCAAAAUGGCAAAAUGCAACAGAAUCGGCUCUACAGUACCACCAGAUCAUACAUUGAUUCUACAAAUAAGAAAAAUACUUGUACGCAUGAGCAAAAUGUUUAAAAAAAAAAAAAAGACUGUAAUGUCACCAUGCAGGAUAGAUGAACCCAUUUAGCCUGAGCCAUCUUGUGGACCAAAAUAACAGAUCCUUGUUUUGCUCAGUCCGUUAUCUUGCCUACUACUCUCUGGCUGUGGGAGAUGGCUGUUCACAAAUGUGAUUUGAAUAGCUCUCUAUGAAUUGAAAGGUAAAGGCUAGCGUCCGACUUAAAACGGGUUAAACUCAACUGGCACUGGCAGGGGUUUAGAACACCUGAUUGCGGUGUCAAAAUGAACACCACAACAAUGGCACACUCAUGUAUGUAUUAAGAUAGCUACAUACAUGAGUGCAUAGGCGUAGGCAGGUCUGAUGGCCAACCAACAUGCACUGGGGCAAUGGGAUUGUUAUUUAAUUGGCGUUGCUGCCUAUUGGGAUCUGCAAUGUUUUCACUCUUGUUCCCAUUCCACAUUGACAAUUAGUCAACACAUGUAAAUGCAAAUACAUCAUGAGUGAUGUGUUUAGAAUUAUUGAGAUUCUCAGCCUUGAUUUGAUGACCCAAUGCAACAUUGAUGAUGAAUUUAGUCCCGCCUGUGAAUCUCUGAGAAACCGUUUCAAAGUUUUUUCCAAUCUGAAAACCUUACCUUGACAGAACAUGUCUGCUUGCACUUGUGAUAGUAUUAUUAAGUAAUGUUAUAAAUAUUUCAAUCAAGUGUAAAUCUUUUUGUAGCACAUUUGCCCCUGUGUUUCCUUUCAAUCUACUGCAGUAUCACUAUUCUGUCAUACAGUACAGUAUUAGCUUACACUAAAACUAAAGUGGGAACUGGUCUGACAAUACAUAUACGAUAACUUGUUUCUGUGACUUCUUGACUUCUGUGCGUUAUUUAACAACUGGUCGGUUUGUUUGUCAGAUAAUCAGUAAGCCUGUUUUUGCCAUCAGAAUAUAGGAAUAAGUGACACAUUCAAUUGUAAUUACACAGUUCUAUAAGUUUGACACUUGUGAAAGUGUGAAAUGUUAGACAAUAAAAUGAGGUGUAUACAUUUAAAGCACUUUAAAUAGGCAAAGAAAAGAAUUAGUGUUUUUUUAAAACAGUAAAAUAUUGUUAAAUCAGAUUCUGAACUUUUUUCUUGAUAAAAUGAAAUAAAAUACAAAUUGUAUAGAUUUA